UUUCUGUAUUCAUAAUUCAAUAUUAUGAAACAAUUAUUAUUUUAUUGUAUGAUCUGCUUGGUUUAAUAAGUAAAGAUAGCGUAUAUAAAUAGAACUCAAUAUCAAAAACAUUUAUUGUUAGUGAAAGUGCGUUUAACGUUGUGCAAUGUGGUUGUUCUGCGUUGUUUUAAUAGUUAUAUUAUUCGUGGUUUUUGUAAAAUGGCGCUUAAACUAUUGGAAAAGGCAUGGACUAUAUCAAUUCGAACCAGAAUUCUUGUUUGGAAACACCAGAAAAGAAAUAUUAGGAAAAGUGUCAGGAUUUGAGAUGUUUCUAGAAAGAUACAACCGUCUGAAGUCUAAAAACCUAAAACAUGGAGGAUUAUAUGGAUUUAUAGAACCACUAUACCUUCCUGUCGAUCCAACGAUCAUCAAAAAUAUCUUCCAAAAUGAUUUUACCCACUUCAACGACCAUGGAAUGUUCCAUCACCCCAAAGAUGUUAUCAGCAUGAACCUCUUUAAUCUGAUUGGUGAUGAGUGGAAGCAACUAAGAACAAAAUUGACCCCUUCAUUCUCAUCAUCUAAACUAAAAAAUAUGUUCCAGAUUUUAGUUGAAAAAGCUGUGAUAUUGGAGAAACUUAUUGAGUCUUAUUCAUCCAGCAGUGAACCAGUGAAUAUCAAAGAUGUUGCUAGUAGGUACACCGGUGAUGUCAUAGCAAGUUGUGGAUUUGGAAUUGAAGCUAACUCUAUGGAAGACCCUGAUAAUGACUUUACUAGAAGUGGUGUAGAGUCUUUUUAUCCAGGACUGUUAAAAAUGUUCUUAAUGGAAACGUUCCCUAGUGGAAUUUUAGCUAACUUAGGUCUGAGAAGUAACGGAAGAAGAACUUCAAAGUUUUUCAACGAUUUAGUUACACAAACCGUAGAAUACAGAGAAAAGAACAACAUAUAUAGGAACGAUUUUCUUCAAUUGUUGUUGGAGUUGAAGAAAAAUAAAACGAUAACCAUGGACGAAAUUAUAGCUCAGUGUUUUGUGUUUUUUGUUGCCGGGUUUGAGACUAGCAGCACCACAGCGAUGUUUGCUAUGUUAGAGCUUGCCUUGAACCAAGAGAUUCAGAAUAAAUUAAGAGAUGAGAUUAAUAAGGUCUUGAAAAAGUACGAUGAUAAAUUGUGUUAUGAUGCUGUCAUGGAAAUGGAGUACUUGGAUAAAGUUGUCAAUGAAACCUUAAGAAUAUUUCCACCAGCUGCAGUUAUACGCAGAAAGUGCACGAAGACCUACAAAGUACCAGGAACUGAAGUGGUUAUCGAAAAAGGUAUUAGAGUAGUUAUACCUGUCUGGGGACUUCACAGAGAUCCAGAUUUUUACCCGAAUCCUGAACAAUUCAAUCCAGAAAAUUUCAGUGCUGAAAAUAAGGCUAAGAGACCGGAUAUGACGUUUUUACCUUUUGGAGAAGGACCUAGAAUGUGCAUAGGUCUUAGACUUGGUAUGUUUCAAACCAAGCUUGCUCUCAUUGCCAUGCUACGGAAUUUUAGAUACACCCUGGAUAGGAGAACGAAAACGCCUGUAGAAAUUGAUCCAGAAGCAUUUUUUGUUAUUAGCGUUAAGGGAAAUGUCUGGCUCAAUGUCAAUAAAAUGAGUUUUUUGUUCCUGUUUUACGUAAAAUGGAAGUUGACUUAUUGGAAAAGACGAGCCUUAUUCCAAUUAGAACCAGAAUUCUUUUUCGGAAAUACGAGACACGAAGUACUAGGUUCCGCCCCAAAAUUCGAAGUAUUUCUGGAAAGAUACAGGUACCUGAAGUCGUUGAAUCAAAAACAUGGCGGGAUGUAUGCUUUUGUGGAUCCCUGGUAUAUUCCGAUAGAGCAUAACAUAAUUAAAAACAUACUUCAAAACGAUUUUGCACAUUUUGAAAGUCACGGAAUGUACCAUCAUCCAAAAGACAUCGUUAGCAUGAACCUCUUUAACAUAGAAGGUGAGGCGUGGAGAGAACUCAGAGUUAAAUUAACUCCAUCAUUUUCCUCGAUGAAAAUAAAAACCAUGUUUCAAACUUUACUAGAUAAGUAUGUUAUUUUAGAAAGAUUGAUAGACUCAUACUCAUCUAGCGACCAACCAAUGAAUAUUAAAGAAAUAACGAGAAGAUUUACUAGCGAUGUAAUAGGAAGUUGUGGAUUUGGCGUUGAAUCGAACUCAAUGGAACAUCCUGAUAACGACUUUACGAAAACCGCCAUGGAUUUCUUAUAUGCAGGUUUAUUCAAAUUCUUUCUCAUAGAAACAUUUCCCGCUUGGCUAUUGGCCAAUUUGGGAAUGAGAAUGAACGGACGUAAAACCACAAAGUUCUUUAUGGAUUUUAUGACUGGAACUAUACAGUAUAGAGAAAAAAAUAACCUGUCCAGAAGCGACUUUCUUCAGUUAUUGCUUGAGAUGAAAAGCAAUAAAGAUAUGACUGAUAACGAAAUUAUCGCUCAGUGUUUUUUGUUCUUCAUUGCUGGAUUUGAAACGUCGAGUAUAACGUCCAUGUUUGCCAUGUUCGAGCUCGCUCAGAACGAGAAAAUUCAGAAUAAAUUGAGAGAAGAAAUUAGGAGCGUCUUGAAAAAACAUGGGAAUCUUUGCUAUGAAGCUGUUAUGGAAAUGGAUUAUCUGGAUAAAGUUGUUAAUGAAAAAAUAAUCCAUUCAUAUUCAUCAGAAAAUGAACCAAUAAAUAUCAAAGAUAUGAUGAGGAGAUUCACUAGUGAUGUGAUAGCGAGUUGUGGAUUUGGAGUUGAAGCAAACUCUAUGGAAGAUCCUGAUAACGAAUUCACUCGAGUUGGCAUGGAGGCUUUUUAUCCAGGAUUACUAAAAUUCUUCUUGAUCGAAACUUUCCCUGCUGGACUAUUGGCAAAUCUAGGACUUAGAAGCAAUGGAUAUAAGACCUCAAAGUUUUUCAGUGACUUAGUGACACAAACUCUUCAAUACAGAGAAAAAAACAGUAUAUCUCGAAGUGAUUUUCUUCAGUUAUUGCUGGAACUAAAACGCAACAAAACGAUGACUGAUAACGAGAUUAUCGCUCAGUGUUUUAUAUUUUUCAUUGCUGGGUUUGAGACGUCAAGUACGACGGCGAUGUUCGCCAUGUUGGAACUUGCGCAGAAUGAAGGAAUUCAGAAUAAGUUGAGAGAUGAAAUUAGGAGUGUUCUGGGAAAGCAUGGUGGAGAUCUUUGUUGUGACGCUGUUAUGGAAAUGGAAUAUUUGGAUAAAAUUGUCAACGAAACUUUAAGAAAAUUUCCCCCUGGUGCUGUUAUACCUAGAAGAUGUACGAAGACUUACAAAGUUCCUGGAACGGAAGUGGUCAUCGAGAAAGGUACUAGAGUAAUUAUACCUGUCUGGGGACUUCACAGAGAUCCAGAAUUUUAUCCCAAUCCCGAGGAAUUCAAUCCAGAAAAUUUCAGUACCGAAAAUAAGGCAAAACGACCGGAUAUUGCCUAUAUACCUUUUGGAGAAGGACCAAGAAUGUGUAUAGGUCUUCGUUUUGGUGUUCUUCAAACUAAGCUGGCCCUUAUAGCCCUACUCAGGAAUUUCAAACAUACACUGAAUAGCAGAACUAAAACUCCUAUAGAGAUAGAUCCUGAAGCCAUAUUUGUUCUUAAUAUCAAAGGAGAUGUUUGGCUCAACUAUUCGUGUUUUGAAAUGAUAUUUUACAUAAUUCUAGUGAUAGUUUCCUGUGUUAUUUACAUUAAAUGGAGAUUAAAUUACUGGAAAAGACGCGGAGUGUACCAGUUUGAACCUGAAUUUUUCUUUGGAAAUGCCAGGAAGGACCUAAUAGGCGAAAAAUCAAAAUUUGAGAUAUUUCUGGAGAGAUACCGUUUUCUAAAAGCUCAUAACCUAAAACAUGCUGGUAUUUACAUGUUCUUACAACCUCUAUACAUCCCCAUCGAUCCAGUAAUCAUCAAACAUAUCAUGCUGAAGGACUUUUCUUACUUCAAAGGACAUGGAUUAUACCACCACAAAAAAGACAUCUUAACCAUGCACCUUUUGAACUUAGAAGGUGAUGAAUGGAAAUCCCUUAGAUCAAAAUUGACUCCCACUUUCACAGCGGGUAAAAUGAAGCUGAUGUUCCAGAUUUUGUUGGAUAAAGUCAAGGUUUUGGAGAAUGUUAUCCAGACUCAUCAAGCAAAAAAAGAACCAGUGAAUAUUAAAGAAACUGGGGGAAGAUUUACCACCGAUGUCAUUGCAAGUUGUGGGUUUGGUAUCGAAUGUAACUCUCUAGAAUACCGUGAUAAUGAUUUUAAAACGUAUGGCACUAAAACUUUUAACCUGGGGAUGUUCAAGUUCUUUGUAAGUGAGCUUCUACCUUCAUGGGUGUUGAGUAACCUAGGAUUCAAUCUUUAUGGACAUGAAGUAACGAACUUUUACGUGAAUACUGUUAAAAAUACGAUCAGAUUUAGAGAAACAAAUAAUCUUGUAAGGAAAGACUACUUGCAUUAUCUGUUGGAACUGAAGAAAACUGAGAAUAUUACCGAUGAAGAGAUUAUUGCUCAGUGUUUCGUGUUCUUUGUUGCUGGAUUUGAAACCUCAUCAACAACGAUGUCUUUUGCUAUGUUGGAGCUGGCUCAACAUCCGGAAAUACAGGAUAAGUUAAGAGAUGAAAUUAGGGAUGUGAUAAAGAAAAAUGGUGGUGAUAUUACUUAUGAAUCGGUUAUGGAGAUGGAAUAUUUGGAUAAAGUGGUUAAUGAGACUUUGAGAAAGUACCCUCCAGGUGCUUUGAUUACACGGGAAUGUAGUAACGAUUACAAAGUACCAGGGACUGAUGUAGUAAUUGAAAAAGGUACAAAACUGUUUAUACCAGCCUGGGGAUUACACAACGAUCCAGAAUAUUUCCCCAAUCCUGAAAAGUUCAAUCCUGAAAAUUUUAGCGAAGAGAACAAAGUUAAAAGACCUGAUUUUACCUUCAUACCAUUUGGUGAAGGACCUAGAAUGUGUAUAGGACUGCGAUUUGGAAUGCUUCAAACUAAAUUGGGCAUUAUCAGUCUUUUGAGAAAAUUUAAGUAUACUUUAAACGAAAAAACAAAACUGCCUGUCGAAAUGGAUCCGGAAUCAAUUUUUGUUCUCAGUGUGAAAGGAGAUGUGUGGGUGAAUGUCACUAAUACAUAAAAUAAAGGCAUUUAAAAACA